AUGGCUUCAAAUAAAGAACAAGCAUCAAUAGGUUCAAUCUCAUCAUCAGAAAGUCCAACACCAUCUGAAUCAUCCGUAUCUUCAGAAUGGCCAUCACAUUAUGAAAUCUCCGCAUCGUCCUCUUCAGAAAGUCUCGCACCUUCUGAAUAUAACAGCAAUGCUGCUGCUGCUGGUGGAUAUAGUGCAGAUGGAUAUAGUGCAGGUGGAUAUAGUGCAGGUGGAUAUAGUGCAGGUGGAUAUAAUAGCAAUGAUGCUGGUGCUGGUGGUUAUAGUACAGACGGAUAUAACAGUAAUGCUGCUGCUGGUGGUGGUUAUAGCAGCAAUGCUGCUGGCGCUGGUGGUUAUAGUACAGACGACUAUAACAGCAAUGCUGCUGCUGGUGGUGGCUGUAGUACAGGCGGAUAUACCACCGAUGUUGCUGGUGCUGGUGGUACUGCAGGCGCAGAUGACGUCGAUCCAGAUGCAACAACAUCAAUGAUAGAGUAUUGCAUUGGUUCUAAUUGUAAUGCAUAUACAUAUGAUUUGAAUACAACAGCACUUAACACAUAUAAUGAUCAGAGUUAUCAAUGUCCAAAUGCAACAAUAUCUGGUGGUUAUUGUAUUCUUCCAUUAAGCGCUGCAAUUACUCAAUGUAAUGGUGAUUCGAAAUGUAGUGGUUAUGCAAUGACAGAUAUGUUAAACUGGCAUAACGAUCUUGAUAGAUCUACUGAAUAUGUUGUUCAAUUAUCUACUUCUUCAACAAACCCAAGUACUAGCUCAUCACAACUCAAUCGAUGGUUUAUUUAUCAAAAAACACGUCGAAAAUUUUAUUAA